AUACUGUUGAAGAACAAUAGGACCUAUCUUCUGGUGACCCGAUAACGGUUUGUCGGUUCAGGAAUUACCUGUCCAUGCGAAACAGGUGACGGGCAUUUUGUUGGACUUUCGCUAUACCCAACAGAUGCCAACUUUGGUCCCUUCGGCGACCUACCACGUGACCAAAGUAGAGAGGACGUGAUAAAAGUGUUAUAUGAAUGUUCCAUAGUGAUGGCUGUAGGUAUACAACAACGAGAUGUGUUAUGAUACUGUACAGGUACAAGCGAAUGGUGAACAUUUUUAUGGGUUCCAUCACAAGAGGAUAGACUUUGCGACCUUGACAUUAGUUUGUGUCAAGCGGAGUUGGUGACCUUUGGGAGAACUCUUCUGUACCGCGGCGGAGUUAAUAGACAGCGUAGUGUACAUCAUACUCAUCAUACAGACUACCGUUACAACACACACACAAAAAAGUACAAACCUGCAAAACGCAUUGGAAAUUACUUAGCCCUAGAAAUGUGUGAACACAUUUGUAAAGUGCUAUAUCAAGAUGAAGACAUGAUAACCAGUGCACGUGAAUCUAAAGAUAUAUGAUUGGAGGAAACCGGAGAUUUUUUCAUUCCCGUUGUGAACGUUAUCAUCCUCAGUACGUCCUGGUGAUAAGGGGAUGCCUUGUGUAUUAUACAAACACGUGAAACAGUAGGAAUGGUGUGUUUUCCAACAUCAACAUCUUUUGUACGAUUCCAAUAUUUUUGAAAUUGAAUACGUGCUGACGUCAUGAUGUUUAAAAUUGGAUAGACGAGUUUAAGAUGAUAAUGAAGAUGUCGUGUGAGAUGGUGAGCCACUGUGAGUAGUUGGCAUCCUACUGCGACGGUUAUUAACAUGCGGCCGGAAAGUUUUUUCCCCGAGACAAGAUAAGUUUGGGAUAUACACCAGUUGUGUCAUAAAUCAGCUUGCCAUCGCCCACCAUGGAGAAAAUAUUACCCAGGGUGCCAACAUGUAAAACGGGCGUCUGAUUGAUCUUUAUUCAUAACCGUUGUAUAUUCCCUCGCGAUGAGAAUAGUGUGUUAAUGUAAGAGUAUACACCAACUCAAUGAUGGCUACCGGCGAUAAAUUGAUGCGAGAGAUCAGUGAUCAGUUUCUUCACUGUAAAAUUUGUUUUGAACCAUUUAAGAACCCCAAAACAUUAAUUUGUUUACAUACGUUUUGUAUUGAAUGUCUCCAGCAACAUGUGGAUUCGGAAGGAUCACGCUCUCGGUUUUCCCUUUACAACAGAUAUGUCACGUGCCCAAUAUGUCGUCGAAAAACGGAAAUUCCUACAGGAGGAAUACGACGACUUCCGGACAACUUUCUUCUGUCAAACCUCACAGAAAUCAUUGACAGAAGACGUCCUUCAAAAAUCCCACCGUGUGAGAUUUGUCAUACUGUACGGAAACGUACAAAUGAGGCAUGUGCGAAGUGUCUCGAUUGUUCGAAACUUUUGUGUAAAGCGUGCGUGACCCUGCACCGCGAGACCAAAGUCACGCAGCACCACAGUCUUAUAGACGUGGAAGGGGAGAAGGAUAUUGAGUGUAAGGCUCACCCGGAAGAGAUCGUGCGCUUUUACUGUGAACCUUGUGAUACCUGUAUCUGUAUUGUCUGCACGUUUCAAGAGCAUCGCGACCAUGAUAUAUGUUCUUUCAACGACGGUUAUGUCAAAUAUAAAGCGUCUAUGCAGGGUCUUCUUGAUAAGUCUAAAAAUAGAAUCACGGACAUAAACGACCGUAUAGAGGUCAUCAAUAGGUGUGAAAACGGCAUGAAGAGAACUCGCGAAAAUAUACGAGAUUUAGCGAUAAGUUAUAUUCAGCAGGUUCGAUCAACAGAGAGAGAAUUGCUGAAAAGUGUUGAUGAAUACUUUGGAGAAAAUGUUACAGACUUUCUCAAACAUCGUGAAUGGCUGCAAGAAAACGUAGAUGAGCUUCAAAGUGCUUCGAACUUAACUGAGAUUAUCAUGAGAGAUAGGGGUGUGGAAUUGUUGCUUUUAAAACGUGAAAUGGAAAGCAAGCUUCAUGCGUUGAUGGAGCCGGACUUACCUAAAUUACCAUCUGACGAUAUGAUUGACAUACAUUUCAACCCUGGCAGUGUCACAUUUGGCACUCUGUCAUUCCAGGAGGACGUCAAAGGACAGACGAAUGGAGAUUUAAAAGGUGAAAACUCAAAGGAAAAAUCAUUGUCAAAACCUGAGCUUGUCACAUGUGACACGCAGACGGAUCCUAUGAUCUCGAACGAUGAAGUUGUGCCGGUAAAAGAACGUCCAGUAAGAACACGAGACAUUGACGCGUCCGUCAUUACCAACGGAUAUGCGAAUAAUGCGGAAACGGACCGGUCUGCGACGCGAAAACGACGGUCAACCGACCACAAUAUCUGUAAUGGUGUGAAACCGUCCGUGCAAACAUGUAACCAGGAGACCUCCACAGCUGUGACGUCGUCAGACGUCGCGCUCAACACACAGGCGAUACCCAUGAUUCACAAAGGUCUGCAGGUGUACAGUGACCCGGGGACGCCGGGAUCGGGAAUAUGUGCCAAGUGUUGUGAGGACCUCUCCACCACAACACCAUUCGUCGGGGAGGCGCCAAAGAUACAGGACAUCAUCAUCCUCAACACCACUGACAACGACAGUCGCGAGUCGAGGAGACGUAGGCGGUUACUUAUACGCAGCAAACGGGUACAGACGGACCUCUCAAUGGUAGAAAGCAAUCUAUUGGAGGAUAAGUCCAAAUCACUCCCAAUGCUGACACAAAUGCCAAACAGGAGUCUGUCAUGCGAGGACACAUCGUUGUCUAGACCGGAAAUGCGUACCAUUGCCUUGGAUCCCAUCAACUGCGAUGAGCCAGGAAGAAGAUUUCGUCGUCGGAUGCGCGAUAAGACCACGAUGACAGUCGAAGAAAAUAAAACAGUUGUAGAAACUUGUGAUGCUACGACAUACACGUACCCUUCUAGACUCCGAAGUUUCGGGACGUGUACUCGCGUAGAACAGAGUACUGUGGAUACCCAGACAUUUAGGGUCAACCAGGUAUCUCGGUCAAUGGGUACAGAUUACGCGGGCCAGACUGACCAGUGCAUUGGUACUAACAGGGUAAACAUGAUAGACAGUGAGACAUCCAUGCCCACAAUCAUACAAGACUGCAAGGCCACUUGGACCGAAGCACUCAACACGUCAGAACGGUCAAUGUGUACGGAUAAUUGUGAAACAACAGAAACAAGUGUGGAGACAAUGAAACUGGAAGUAUGUGACCAAGGAUUCCAGGUAAAUCCAAAUACAAAGGAUUCCGACACAAGUCCGAUGCCACUACCACAAAGGGACCAAACUAUGCAGGUUUCAAUUGAUGAACUCGAACCGCCUUCCGCCAGUCCAAAUAGGAAAUCGUGGCACGCAGGAACUAGUAUAUUUUCCAAGUUAUUUAAGAGUAAAGGUUCUAGUGCUAACAACAGUGAACAGGACAUCCCUGCAUCCGUGUCGUGUGACGUACAGGACGCCAGCACGGAGACCACCUCUGUCUUGUUAUGUGACAAGGAGACGACAACUCCCAGGAAAUCAACCACGGAUAACUGGACAAUCACUCCAAUGCCUGUGAUGGUCAAUACGGGUAUAUCGCCAACGCGUCCGGCCACAAUGGACACUGGAGUUGAGACCACAAUGGUGACUUCCAUGGACCAAGCAACAUAUACAGAGACCAAGCAAUAUCGAGACAGUGAAACGGAAACCGUAGUAAUUGUACAGGACAACGAGACACUGACGGAGAGAGUCAAAAUGCAAGACGCACAGACUUCUGUACAUAUACCACAGGAAACAGACGAAACAAACACGGACCCCGUGCUAGUGCAAGACGCUAAUAUGUCAACUGACGAAGACUGGUAUGAGAAACUUAAACCAGUGUCAUCUUCAGUGUGGACAGAGACGCAGCCGCCGGACGUUGUGACUAGCGGUACCAAUACGGUAAUCGUAAAAAACUCCGACAUCUCUACAAACAUUUCGUCUGAGGAGCUGGUUCCGCGAAUGGACAAUUCGACCACAACCACCCCGACCAAUACACAGGAGAGGGGGACGAUGGCGCUUUCGUUCGGACAAACGGCCACCCCUUUGAUUGAUGUUAACACGCAGACUUCAGAAAUUUGCUUUAUCGACAAAUCUGUUUCUACAUCGGCGGAACUUGAAACAAUAGAAAAAGAUGAUGUGGAAUGCACCGAUAUGGCGACAUCCACAGAAUCUCUACCCUAUAUUGGGCUUAUGAGUGAGGUGGAAGGUGAUGAACUCUUCCUUAUACCAGAAUCUGCGUUCGACUUAGCCUCCAGUGAGCCCAUGGAGGAUGAUCGCGACCCCAUAGAAAUGAUCGACGACUGCACUACGACGGACUUUGUUCCUCUAGCCGAGACAUCGUCGCAGACCGUUAUUUCUUCAGCGUGGCAAUAUGAGGACCCAGAUGAUGACCAGCUGUCUGACCUCAUGAAAAAAGAGAAAGAUGGCAAAGUGCUCUGUGACGUUGGAAUCAACACAAUUCCUAAAUUGACAUUUGAAAAGCAAACGUCAACGAUAGUAAGGCGGAGUUUCUCUAGGGGAACUAUGACGUUGGAUCUGGCCAAGUGCGAUAAAUCCACAAGUACAUUUAGUCAUGCGCGUUACAUAGCUGAGACUUGUUUUGGACAGAAGCCACUUAGUGAUGUGGCUCACAAGGUAUCAUCCACAUGUACAACCGAGACGGUCGAUAUGGCAACCAAUACGGACUCGUCACUUAUGGAUGAGCGAAUGGCUGCCUGUAUUUCGAAAUUACGAAAUGUAUCCGAAAGGCUACAAAGUCCAACUGGAAAAGUAGCACCUGACUACCCUUGGAAAAGGUCGGACAGUACUUCUUCUUCCGAGCGAUCGUUAAUGACAGAUUCCUUUAUCAAAGAUGGAGACUUAUCACCACGGCAUACUUCUUCCGAUGACGAACGUCGGAAGAACAUCAUGGAACUAGUAGCGCAGACAGAAUCAUUUAGUAAGUCAAAGGAUGCUAAGCAUGACAGCAUGCCGGGAAGGAAAGCACAGCCAAUCACGACGCUAAAAGGUAAAUUGGCUCCACCAAUGGAUGACCUGGAACAAAAGUCAAAAAGUUUACCUAGAGAGUACUCGGACGGAUCCCCGAAACUUAGUGGUCGAAUCAGUCCGAGCCGUCUACCUCUGCUCCGCUUUCAUUCCGCUCCCGGUAGGAUAGCAACGGUCCCUAAUAAGUCUAUGGGAAAGAUAAGUGUUCCGCCGGGUUGUAAAAUACCCGUGGUUCAUCAGACUGGGGCGGAAGGAGACAGCGUGAAUGAACCGGUUAUAGUUAAACCCAAACAACCGAUAAAUCCUCUGCCGGCCAUUACUGAAUCUAACACACCUCCGUCAGAUUCAGGAUCAGGUGCCUCCUUCAUGUCAGCUACAUCUGAGAAUUCAACGGACGGAAACAUUGACUUCGCGUCCCUCAGGAUCAAUGUUCCCCCGAAUAGACUGUCCCCAUGUGCGUCUUUCAUGGCCGUACCGGAACAGCAGACCACACCGGACGUGGUUCCUCUGAAUACCGACAAUCUCCAACCAGAGGACCAAGACGAUAAAAAGCCUGCCGGCUUCAUGCAGAAACUUUUCUCCAAAAAUUCUAAAAAGAAAAAGACUGCAUCCGAUCAGAGACAACCUCGUCAGAAAAUCCAGCAGCAGCAGCAGCAGCAGCAGCAGCAACAGCAGCCUCCACCACCUCCUCCGCGCCAUUCCUCGGGCAAGAAAUUCGUGAAGCCUCCAGCCGUAGAGCAACCGAAGCCGAAGUCUCCAAAGCCGAGAAAGAAACAGGCAUUUGUAUACGUCCGUCAAAGGAUGUUCUCAAUACAGCAGGAUAACGUAGAGGAUUUAAAAGAACUCAAAAAGGAAGCCAGUGUUAAAACAGCACAAACAGGUAGUGAGAAAAAGAAAUCCGGGACCAAAUCCCAACCAAAACAGUCAAAGACUGAUACAGACCGACCUCCAUCUCAAUACGACAAUCUGUAACACAUAUGUUUUAAAACCUCCAAACAGUGAUAUGAUCAGCUCUAUCAUUAUGUUUGUCACAUAACUACGAUACUUAUAAAAGAAUUCGUGACAGCAGCAUCUAUAACUGAUACAAAAUCUAAAUUGUCGAUAAUUUCACUCUACCUUAAUUCAUUCUUUGGUGACAUGGCCUUGCAUAUGACGUCAUCAAGUUAUGACUUCACAAUAACUAAGAUUGGAACUAUCGGCCAAUCAUAGAUCCGUUUGGUCAUGGUCUGAAAUCACACAAUAUUUUGAAUAGAUAACAUUUACUGUAUACAGAUGAAGUUUACAUGAAACUCUUUAUGAGGAAAAGUUUCAGAAAUUGAUUUCGAACGCUGCCAGAUUUCAUAUUUCGAAUCGGUAAUUGAUUCAUAUGUACGUUGCUUCAUGCAUCAGAUCUCAGACCCUUAUCAGCCCGCCAAGACGUUUCGUCGCGAUACAGAAUGUAAUAAAUAUAUCAUAUACUUCUAUAUACAGGUUAUUUUGGACGAAAACAUCACUUGUAUGUAUCUUAUUAAAUUGAAAACAAUGACAGUUUUGGCAUCGUUAAAAAUAAAGGAGAUUUAUCAAUAGGGCUCUGGUAGAUAAGUGUAAUUCUGGACUUGGACUGCCAAAGAAAUUGACGUGAUGGUCUGUACUAAGUUAGACAUAGAUUUAGAAAUAAUGGCAUUUUAUUACAUUUUGGAUCCAUUUCGUGUCUGACGGUACUGAGGCUGAGAAAGUGAAGCUUCGUGCCAUGUUAGACAGAAUCUGACAGCGUCCGAUUUUAUAUACACUAACAACAUCAGCACGAUAUCAGGAAUUGGGAUUCCAACCAAUCGAAAACAACGUAUUGUGGUAUUUGAAAAAUUGAAUCAUUGAGUUUGAUAUAUUUACAGUAUAUGCUAACAUGUAUUCUAUGAGAUAAAAGCCGAAACGAUUGUGGAUAUUGAGAAUAUCAUAGUUAUACCUUAGCUGCACAAAGAUCUAUAUUACAAUGACCUAUAUUACAAUGACCUAUAUUACAAUGACCUAUAUCACAAUGACCUAUAUUACAAUGAUCUAUAUUACCAUUUUUAUCCCCGUAGUUUUUAUAUUUAUAUAUAUGCAAUACUACCCAAACUGUGAUAGUUUCCAGGAUAUGUAGAAUUCUGUGAUAUCGGACACAUCAAGCAGUAGUUUUGGUCACCUAUUUAUAAACUGAUCGUUACUUAUGUGUGUUUUGAGUACUUCCAAAUCAUCAUAUUAUCAAGUUAUACCUCAAUACAUCAUAAACAUUUUAUUCAUAUAGAUUUUGCCAGUGUGAUCGAUUAUUUUCGGAGAGUUUUUUCUGUUGUAAGGGAGACAACUGAAUGUUAAAUAUGCAUUUGUAAAUUAUUCUAAAAAUUCAAAGCAUCUUGGGACAUUUCUUCCCUGUUGUGUUAGACAUAUUUCCCUGUUAGCUAAAAUUAAACCUAACGGUGUCGCCACUGCAUUGAAAGGGUUUACCUCAAUAUGGCAUCCAAAACAAACAGAACUCGGUAAGAAAACACUAUUAUUACGAAAAUAUAUCAUCAACAAAGUAUUAUACAGAAUACAUUGGUUUGUCAAGGAUGAAUCACAUCCUUCUACUCCCUUGUUUGCCUGCUUUGUAACAUGAUCAACCUUACGCUGUAAUUUAACUGCCGUUAAUAUGAAGUCAAAACAAAGCUUAACGAAUAUAGUCAGUUUCUGAUGAGACAUUAAUUUUCACAAUCUUGUCCCUUGAUUCUUUGAGAGUAGAAUAAUGUGCAGUUAUUGGACAUGUUAUUGAGAUGUUGAUUUCAAUAUCACGUCAUCGAUGGGGAAAUGCAGUACACAUACCGCGUACUUAUAGGGUAUAUAAAAAGUCCUUUGCUAUAGGGGAUUCCAAUCUUUUUAUACACUGUAAUCAUUUCACCACACAAUACACAUACCGCGUACUUAUAGGGUAUAUAAAAAGUCCUUAGCGAUAGGGGAUUCCAAUCUAUUUAUACACUGUAAUCAUUUCACCACACAAUACACAUACCGCGUACUUAUAGGGUAUAUAAAAAGUCCUUUGCGAUAGGGGAUUCCAAUCUAUUUAUACACUGUAAUCAUUUCACCACACAAUACACAUACCGCGUACUUAUAGGGUAUAUAAAAAGUCCUUAGCGAUAGGGGAUUCCAAUCUAUUUAUACACUGUAAUCAUUUCACCACACAAUACACAUACCGCGUAUUUAUAGGGUAUAUAAAAAGUCCUUUGCUAUAGGGGAUUCCAAUCUAUUUGUACACUGUAAUCAUUUCACCACACAAUACACAUACCGCGUACUUAUAGGGUAUAUAAAAAGUCCUUACCGCUAGGGGAUUCCAAUCUAUUUAUACACUGUAAUCAUUUCACCACACAAUACACAUACCGCGUACUUAUAGGGUAUAUAAAAAGUCCUUUGCUAUAGGGGAUUCCAAUCUAUUUAUACACUGUAAUCAUUUCACCACACAAUACACAUACCGCGUACUUAUAGGGUAUAUAAAAAGUCCUUUGCGAUAGGGGAUUCCAAUCUAUUUAUACACUAUAAUCAUUUCACCACACAAUACCUUAUCAUAGACAUGUAUCGGUCUGACAUGGUCCGAAAGGUAACCAGGUCUCCACGUAUCACAGCCGGAAGAUUUUAAGCUAUGUAAUAGUAUUUGAUAUAUUAUUUGGUAUUUUGAUAUUAGAAACAUUUAAUCAAACUAUGAUAGAGAAAUGAAGUUUAUCAAAUUAUUAAUCUAUAUCACUAAGUUCUGUUACUGCUGAACGCCAAAUCCAUUUGUGCAUUUAUCGAAAGAUAAUGAAAAAAAUAUAGCAUUGUAUCAUCGCCAUUGUAUUUAUCUUCAGGAAUAUUAUGAUAGAUAGUUUUUACAAAGUAUAUUUUCAAUAUAUAGAAGCACACUA